CGAGGACAAGCUGCAGCUCUGGGGAAGCUAGAGAAUGCGGCAGAUCCAUCAGCACCACAACAACGACCCGGGACGAGUACAGCACUGGUUGAAACAAAUAAAGAGCAGAUAGAGAAUUCAUCGCAAGAAGGAGAUCCCGGAACAGUAACCGUUCGAGAAUUAUUGGCGAAGCGCGGCUAUCAUCUAGGAAAGCGAAGAAGGUGGAGAAAGAGGAGGUCGAAACGACGAAAAUCAAAAGGAAAAGGAAAGCAUGAAAAUGAUUAAGGCUUUGCUAAAAAUGUUGCCACUGCCACGGAAAUUAAUCUUUCAGGAGUGCCAGCACUACAAGAUCAAUGUAAGUAUGAAUAUUAGCAUAAUUACUCAACUCGUUGUAGUACUCGUGCAUGAGCAUGUACAACUACAAGUGCAACUUGUUGAUGUUGUGCUUCCUUAGCAAAAUCGCAUUACCCGAGAAUGCAAUUGCAACUGCGACUAGUACAAGAUCAAACUUCUAAGACACCAUCUCCGCGGAUAAUGGGCCGAUUGAAUUCAACCAUGGUGCCGAUCAGCAUAGCAAUGAGGGAAGCAGUCCCGACCAGAGCCCUGUGCUGAAUUCUGCUGUAUCCAAAGACGAUGGUCCCAUAGUAGUGAAGAGACACAGAAAUGACAACGAGCAGCAAAUAAGAGAUGAAGAAAAUAUAGAGAAAACCGAUAGGGACAAGGAAAGAGUUACUGGCAAGGAACAUUUACAUUCUCAUCUGAAAGAAAAUGCGGAUAGUGUAGUUUUCGAAAACAUGCCUAAGAUGAACAGCAACUCCCAGUCUUCGCAGAAAAUCAAGGUUGACAUUUCUGUUGGGAAGGAACCUUUUGGUGUGGCAUCUACGAUAGACAAGCAUCAAGAAGACGCGAAGCCGAACGCUAAAAAGAUGCAGAUGGUAACGUCUAAUAAGGCAUCGAAGACUGCGUCAAAUACUA